AUGUCCACCCUCGCCCUCUAUCGCGCCAAUGGCGUUAGCUCUUUUAUUCCUCAUGUUCUUUUAAAGGAAUUAAUGAUCCCUUUUACCUCAGUGAUCAUGCAGCCUGGGCCCAAUGGAUGGGAAGCUGCUGACGGCAGCCUCAAUAACACCAGCUAUCGCAAUAUCCACCCCCAAGGCUAUGUUCCAGCAUUGCAAGUGGAUGGUGUAAUAAUCACAGAGCUUCCGGCAAUAAUUACGUACAUAGCAUCAUCAUCUACCGGCAAGGCCAACCUUCUUGGUAACGACAAAAUUGAGCGCGCUAAGGUCGCCGAAUGGAUGGCCUGGCUCUCUGGCACUGUUCAUGCUUAG